GUGCGGAGAGGUGGUUGGCGUUAUCUGGAUACCGGGCAAGUGCUGAUUGAGAGUGCAUGCUCUGUGGACAGGGUGGAGGAAGCUGUAAGCACAUUGCUACCGAUGCUUCCAGAGAUACAAUAUUUUCGGUUCAAUCCAGUUGAUGAACGUUGUGAUAUGGAGUUGGAUGAGACUGAUCCAGCAGUCUGGUUGAAGUUGGAAGCUGCAAUUGAGGAAUACAUCCAGAAUAAUUCUCAGGCAUUCAAAAAUGCUUGUGAGAGAUUAGCUCUACCUUUUCUAAAUGAUGAAAGGUUGUCGGAGAAUUUGAAAUCUCAGUAUUUUUCAAAGGGGAAGGUGUCAAAUACAGAGAAGGGUCCUUCUUUAGGUUGGAGGCGCAAUGUGCUGCUUGUUGAAGCUAUGCAUAGUCCUGAUUCAGGAAGAGUUAUACACCAUGCACGGGCGCUUGAAUCAUUUUGUACAAGUAAUGAAUAAGUUAUCUCUACUGCACGGGGCAUCUGGAAAUUGAGCUAACACAGCACAGCAUUUC